CAGACCAGAUCAGCAAAGGCAAAGUUCCCGAUAGUCAGACGCGUUGCUUGCCUGAAAAGGAAACUAAAACCAAUCGCUGAACCUUGCCAAGGUUGAAGAAGAUCAAUGGCGGUGUACGCAUCAUCCGAGUUCAGCCGCGUGUUCUCAGCGCUAGACCGGGACGGCGACGGCAAGCUAUCGGCGACCGAGCUGCGCCUCUUCAUGAAGGCGGCGCUGGGCGAGGACGUGUCGUCGGAGGAGGCGGACCGCCUGGUGGCGUCUGCAGACGCCGACGGCGACGGGCUGCUGAGCCAGGAGGAGCUCCUGGCGCUGGCGCUGGCGGGAACGGCGGCGGAGGAGGAGGAGGAGGAGGAGGAGGGAGGCGAGCGGCGCCGGGAGCUCAGGGAGGCGUUCGGGAUGUACGCCAUGGAAGGCCAAGGGUGCAUCACGCCGCUGAGCCUGAAGCAGAUGCUCUCCAGGCUCGGCUCGCACCAGGACAUUGAUGAGUGCAGGGCCAUGAUCUGCAGGUUCGACCUCAACGGCGACGGGGUGCUCAGCUUUGAGGAAUUCAAGGUCAUGAUGGAUGCAUAGCGUAUUAGCAGAUUGUAUUGAGUGUGAUGAUUUACUUAUUGGUGCUUGUUUUGUUUAGUGUCCUAAUUCAAAUGUCAAUUAUACUAGUUUUUGUGUCAGAUCAUAUAUGAU